CGCUGUGCUACCUGCAGGUGAUGUUCUAGUCGCUGGUACUGGUAUCUGGAGCGGUGCAUUCGAUUUGUAGGCAAAAUGAACAACUUUGUGUUUGUUGCGCUUUUAGCUAUAUUUGUGUAUAUUAUGCUCACCAAAUCUUCAUUCGAGAUAGAGUCUGGGAUUUUCAUUUAUCAGAAGCCAUCCACUGUGUAUAAGGCGAUAUCUAGCAUGGAUAUCAUCGAGAGAUUCCAGCCGUAUGUAGUAUCAACUAAAAAGAUAGGCAGUGAGAAGUCUGCAGAUGGUAUAAUCACAGAGUUCCACACAAUAGAAGAGCAUGUUCCCACAGUCUUCAACUUCACUCUCCCAGUGAUCUUUGAUACCAAAAUGGAAUUUACAAAACCUGACAGCAUUCUUAAUUUCCAUUACUCAGUCUGGUAUGGCACUGUAGUGGGUCAUGUGACAUGGGGUGUGGAGCCCAGGUCAGGGCAUCGUGGGCCAGGAGCUUAUCUCAGUUACCAUGCACGCAUCUCAUCUCCCUGGGUGACAAAAUCAUUCACAGAAGCAAGUGCCAAGGAAGCCCAAAACACAAUAUUGACUCGUAUGCGUAUUGCAAUGGAGAAAUUAUAGUAGUGAAUGGUGUUUUAGAGUGCAGUAAAGUACUGCACCAAUAAAAUUGCCCUUCAAAUAUAGGUCAAAUAAUUGGCUAUGUGGAACUGGGGACACUUCCUUUAGACGUACAGUAUGUCUUCCAGGUCAGAUUUCACCUCUAUUGGGUCCUAAGAGAUUUUGAUAUCAGGCAGAUCAUGGACCUACUGAGCAGAUUCACUAACACUUCAGUUUAUGGUUGCAAAUUUCCCAGGAAUCCUUGAAAAUCUCCUAUUGAAAUAAACAUAAUUUUAAACUGUUGGGAAUGUUAAAAAAUUUGAAAUUUUCUGAUACAAGAAUGCAGUCAGGAGUUACUUGAUUGUGCUUUAUCAGCAAGUUUCAAGCCAAAUAUUAUCAAAAAAAGUCAUCAAGGUCGUAUUUUAAUGAUUCCGUGUGAAAGUUGAUUUACAGUGGAAGUACACUACUAGUAUAGGACACUACAUAUAGUUUGCACUACUUUAUAUUAUGGGAUAUUGAUGCCUGAUAAGAUGCUCUUAGUAAUAGUUUGAUUUUCAGCAAUAUAAAAGAGGCCAAAUUCACAAAGAUGGUUUAAAUUGUACUAUGUUACAAAAUUGUAACUUUAUUGCAGACUUUCUGUACCUAAUUAUAAUUUAUCAUUGCAUUUGAUUGCAUUCACUGGAAUAGUCGAGUAAGCAUGCUUUUGACAAAGCCAGAUAAAUUCAUGUCUGAAUCAAGAGUGAUAAUACACGGAUCUGCAUUGAAACCAUCAUUGAGAAUUUGGCCAAUGGGGUUUUCACAAACUUAUUCGUAGUAUAAGCUGUAUGCCUUUCUUAAUCAUUAUGUCACCCAGACUAACAGAAAUAAAUUAGUAUAAAUAUGUUUUCUAGAAAGGUUUAUUAGUAGAAAGUUGAACCUUAAGUUUGAGCAUCAUUAUAUGUCGUCUGCUUUACUUUAUGAAAUAUUAGGCAUGUCAUCAAUUUGUCAUUUUGAGAGUAAAAAGGUGAUUUGAUGAGUAGUCCAUUGAGUCUGGGUUUUCUAAACUCUUUAUAUGGUAUUCUAAUAUUCUAUUAAUGGUAAAUGGAACACCUCUUAUUGCCUAUAUUAAAAGCCCUUAACAAGAAAAUUAACAAUUCUAUGAUGACUUUUUCUUAAAUUCAUUUGAAUUGAAGUGAAUAUAACUCCAGAACUGCAAAAUCAGUUUUGGGGGUCUGUCGCUACAUCAUCCCAUACACCAUGCUCUUAUUCUCAAAGUUUUUGCACAUUGCGUUACUGACCGACAGAAUAGUUGGACCAUGGACCCUACUAAGAAGGGUCCGUGGUCAAAGCAAGGAAGUUGUCAAGUCUUACACCUUUUCAGACGACAUCGACAAGUUGAUGGGUGAACAAAAUAUGAUGCAUGCAGUACUACAUUGUAUUAUUAUUAUGUGUGUUUUUUUUUUCAUUCCUGAUCGCUGGAAUAACACUUAGCAUUUUAGUUAAUUUUAUAUGAAAACGAUGGUGUACAUUUCAUUGAUUCCAGAAUUGUGAAGAAAAUAUACAUAUUAAUUUUUCUAAUAUAUUACAAUAAUAAUAAUUGUACAUAAUUAUAUGAUCUGAAAAUAUACCGCGCAUGUUAAGCCAAUAAUUGUUCAGUAUUUCUAUAGGACAGUAUCAUUGCUUUAUGCUAUACAUAAUCAUUAAGAUUGGGGCCUAUUCAUUACAUUUUUAAUAUUUGCAUUUUAAUCAUUUUGAUAAACAAUGAUUGUGAUUAUUAGCUGAAAUAAAUUUCCAGUGUGCAAUUUUUACAAAGAA